AUGGGUCCAUCCCAGGAUCAGGAAGAAUUCGAGGAACGUGCGCUUCAGGUGUUCGGCGCACCUUUAUCGACUAUCCCAGGUACUAUAAGGUCAGGCGAAUUAUGGUGGUGCAAGCAUUAUCAAUGGUUGAAAGACGUUGGGUAUUUGCUUCGCCCUCGAUACUCUCCGGACUGGGUUCCUUCAUGGCAAGGUACAAAAAAGGAUUGGAUGGACUGCGAAGAUAGUCGGGGCCCUAUGAUACAACACAUAUUGGAUGCUACACACAUAUCCGACGGAAUAUUUGUGACUUUGAAGUUAAUAAAAAAGUCCCGACAUCCGUAUGAGAUCGAAAUCGGCCAACUAUUCUCGACAGAGCCACUUGCCUCUGACCCGGCGAAUCAUUGCGUGCCAAUCUGUGAUGUGCUGCAUAUACCAGACGAUGAAGACCAGGCCAUUAUUGUCAUGCCUUUAUUACGACCGUUCACGGAACCGCGUUUUGAUACUUGCGGCGAAGUAACGGAAUGUUUUCGCCAGCUUUUUGUGGGCUUACAAUUUAUUCAUAAACAACAUGUUGCACAUCGUGAUUGUAUGAAUCUGAACAUUAUGAUGGAUGCUACGCGUCUUUUCAUCGAUCCAUUUCAUCCCCAAAAUACUGUCAUGAGACGGGACUACUCAGGGGAUGCUAGGAGCUUCACUCGUACCCAGCGCCCACCCAAAUAUCUCUUCAUCGAUUUUGGUAUAUCUCGUCGUUACGAUUCUAGCAACGUUGCGCCUUUGGAAGCUCCCAUAUGGGGUGGCGACAGAACCGUACCCGAGUUUCAAAAGUCAAACGAGCCUCGUAACCCCUUCUCAACGGACGUGUAUUAUCUUGGCAAUAUGAUUAGGAAUGAAUUCCUGCUGACAAAGGACGGAUUUGAAUUCAUGGAACCUCUAGUGAAUAACAUGGUACAGGAUGACCCAGCAAAGCGGCCCACUAUGGAUGAAGUCGUUGCACGUUUCGACCAAAUUUUCGAGCAGCUCAGCAGCUGGAAGUUACGGUCACGCGUCGUUGACAAGACGGAUGGCAAUAUCACAGGCCUUUUUCGUGGUGUCACUCAUUGGACCCGUCGCAUCGGUUAUAUUAUUAGGAGAGUGCCGGCGAUACCAACGCCUUGAAAUCCUUACGUUCUUUACUAUCAUGCCUGCUACAUCUACUUAUGGAUCUAUCCGAGGAACUGGAUUCCUGGCCUCUGUGCAGUGUACUUCAUGUGACCAGGAGUCGCACCUACACAUAAAUAUGUUAUUGAUUGUAUUCGAGUCUGUUCGGAACAUAUCUCCAUUCAAGUCGGUCAAAUGACUCGAAACUGAUGAGGACCGAUUUCAAUGGUUUUAAUGAA